UUAGUUUCUCUCUCUCUCAUUUAGAUCUUCCUAGCUUUCAAAAGCAAAUCUGAAAGAACCUGCACUUGUUCACAGCACACACACACACCCUUUCUUUUAUUUAUCCCUAUCUACACACCCCAGUCCCUUUCACUGGAUCUCAUCUCUGCUCCUUCUUUCCCUCGAACUGUGUGCAAAACCAAACCCGGUUCUUCAGUUGCUUCUCCCACAAGAUCUUAUCCUACCCCAGCUUAGUCCCUAAGCUGAAAAAACACACAAAAACACAUCAAAGAACAAAGAAUUUUUUUCCCCUUGGAUAAAAAGUGACCAGUCUUUUCAGCAAUGAUUCCCCAGCUUCUCAUUCCAUCGUGACUUUACCUUUCUAUUCUUUUUAUUUAUCUUUUUACGGUGACAUCUUAUAUUAUAUAACAUUACUUUGUGCAACAAUGGAUUCCCAUAUCCAUCAUCAUCAAAGUUACCAACAACAGAACCAACCCUCUUCUGGGUUGCUUCGUUUUCGCUCUGCGCCUAGCUCUCUUCUUUCAAAUCUCACACCUUCUUUUGUGAGUGAAGACUUUGGUUCUAGCAGCUUCAGAGAGUUGGAAGGAAACAACAACAAGGGUUGUUCUAAGGAUUUGAGUUCGAUGAAUUCGCAUAAGGGGGUUUAUGGUGGGGGGUUGCCACCUCACUAUCCAAGGCAUGGUUCUUCUUCUUCUACUUCGAGUUCUGCUAUGGAAGGGUCUUAUGGGAUGGUGAGUUCAAUGGGAUUGGAUCAUGAAGCGCCGCAUAAGGGGUUUGGGUCAAGUCUUCUCAGGCAGAGUAGCUCCCCUGCUGGCCUUUUCUCCAAUAACAACAUUUCCUUUCAAAAUGGGUUUGCCACCAUGAAAGGUGUUGGAAACUAUGGUGCGGUGAAUGGAAGUAAUGGUGAACUUAGUCCAUGCAUUAACAGAUUGAAGAACCAGGUUAGCUUCUCACCAAGAAAUGCUUCUUCCCUGGGAAUGUUGUCGCAGAUCUCUGAAUUAGGGAGUGAAGACAUUGAGGCAACUAGUCCUGAUGAUGAUACUAAACAUGGAGGUAAUGAUACUCAACAUUAUGACCCCGGAUUCCCCUUUGGUUCUUGGAAUGAUACUCCACAACUCUCAGAAAAUAUCAGUGGCUUGAAAAGAGGGAGAAGUGGCAAUGAAAAGAUGUUUUCUGAUGUUCAGAAUGGAGAGCUAGCAAACCAAGUUAAUAUGUUAUCACAUCACUUGAGUUUACCAAAAACUUCAGCAGAGAUGAUUACUAUGGAGAAGUUGCUUCAGUUCCCUGAUUCUGUUCCUUGUAAAAUCAGAGCAAAGCGAGGCUGUGCUACUCAUCCUCGAAGCAUUGCUGAAAGGGUGAGAAGAACUCGGAUCAGUGAAAGAAUGAGGAAAUUACAAGAGCUUGUCCCACACAUGGAUAAGCAAACCAACACAGCAGACAUGUUGGACUUGGCUGUUGAAUACAUUAAAGAUCUUCAGAAACAAUUCAAGACUCUAAGUGAAAAAAGGGCAAACUGCAAGUGUAUAAGCAUGCCAAAGGCAGAUACAAAUCAAAUUGCUUGAUCACCUUUCUUUAUGAGCAAUGCAUAGCAAAGAUGGCUUGGAUCGGAUGCUUUUAACUUUAAUGCUGAGCAAGUAGAAAGAAAGAUGCUAAUAUAGGAUGCUACUACCAGAAAUAGGAGGGUGAAAAAUAGAGUAGAAAUAAGGUGAGAAAGAUGUGUUAUUUGGAUUGAUACAAAUAGGAGAUAAACAGUAGAGAAAGUUCUCCUUACAUAUUUGGAUGAGUGCUAAAGAAAGUGAAAAGAAAUAAUCAAAUUGUGUAAAGAAACUUUUUAUAACAAUAAUAAAAAUUUAUGCUUUUUUUUACUAUAA